AUGACCAUCGAUACCCCUAACGGUAAUAUUACACCAUUUUAUGAGAUUAAAGAUACCACUUGGGGUGGUAGAUCCUGUUUUGCUACUAGUGAUAUACCGAAGGAUACAGUGAUUUUGGAAGUAAAUGAUACUACAGGCUCUUCUAUUCAAUAUGAAUUUAGAAAAGAAGUUUGUCAUAAUUGUUUUAAAUAUAAUGGUAAAUCCAUGAAAUAUAAAAUAAAAACCACAGAUGUCGAAGGUUUAUUAUCUGAAAAUAAUAAAUGGUUGAAAGCACGUAUGAAGAAAUUUUGUGGUGCUGGAUUGUGGUUCUGUUCGACAGGAUGUUCAGACACUUAUUUGAGAAUACCGCGAAUAAUCGACUUGAUAGAAGCAUAUGAAAUAUUAUUAGAUAAUCACACGAAAAUGUUAAAAAGAAAUAAUCCUGAUGAUGCAAAUGAGGAAAAACUCAACUCUGUUAAGAUAUCCCAGUCUAUUAUUGAUUCAGAGUGGAGAAAUAUUGAAAUAAAUUGGUUACCAAUGAUAGAUAAAAUGAAAUAUACCAAACGUCAACAAUCCCUUCCAAUAACAUCCGAAGAUGAAUAUAAUUGUGCAAGAUUUGUUUGCAAUACUCUAUUUCAUUUACGUACGUAUACUAAAGAUACAGAAACUGGUAAAAGUUUUUGGAAUUUACAAUCCAAUGAACUAAACAAAAUGAUGCGAUUCCCAAUUUUAUUACAUUUUCAACAAUUAGUCUUUAGAACAUUAUACAUACUACUUCCAGAAACAUUAAGAAUAGAUUUCAAUAUUGGAACUUUUAGACAUAUUAUGGGAUCGGAGUACGGAAAUGCCUUUGGUAUUUGGCAGGAAGAUGAAUCUGUGGACAGUCGUGAAUAUUUUGGAUAUUGGGUCUUUCCUAGGGCUUCUUACUUCAACCAUUCAUGUAUUCCAAACAUUACGAAGACUAGAAACAAUAAAACCAUGUACUUUACUUUGAAUAAAGGGGUUAGUCAAGGUGAUGAAUUAUGCAUAGAUUACUCGGGCGUACUUGAUUUUACAACAGUCAAAAGAAGAGAUUUUCUUAAAGAAAACUGGUUCUUUGAUUGUCAAUGUACUAGAUGUAAAUUAGAAAUUUAA